UUUUUUUAUUUUUUUUAUUUUUUUUUUUACUUAUUGCUCCACAUCUCUGCUGACUCUUUUCUUAUUUACAAUUGAAGAAGUAAUAAAUAAAUAAAUAAAAAUGGCCGAUAUCCCUGACGGAGAGUUAUACCCCGUCCCACAGAGGCUUUUGGACCCGGCUCAGUGUCCAGAGCCUUACAUCUCAUCGUUGCAACAAUACAAAGAACUGUAUCAACAAAGUAUUGAACAGCCCGAUGAAUUCUUUGGCAAGCUUGCAACAGACCUUCUCACCUGGUCCAAACCUUUCAACCGUGUCCGACAUGGAGGAUUUAAAUAUGGUGAUGUCGCUUGGUUUCUGGAUGGCCGAAUAAACGCUUCAUACAACUGUGUUGAUCGUCAUGCUAUUGAGAACCCAAAGAAGGUGGCCAUCAUCUAUGAAUCAGAUGAACCCAACCAAUCCGAAAAUAUCACCUAUGGUCAACUUCUUCGCGAUGUGUGUCAGCUUGCAGGUGUACUUCGAGCAAAAGGUAUCCGAAAAGGCGACACAGUAGCGAUUUAUAUGCCCAUGAUCCCUGAGGCUGUGACUGCAAUCUUAGCCUGUGCUCGUAUCGGAGCUUUACACUCCGUGGUCUUUGCAGGAUUCUCGGCCGAGGCCCUUCGAGAUCGUGUUCAAGAUGCUCAGUCCCGUCUUGUCCUCACUGCAGAUCAAGGCAGACGUGGAGGCAAGACUAUUGAGAUCAAAAAAAUUGUGGAUGAGGCCCUAAAGUCUUGUCCCAUGGUCGAAACUGUUCUCGUCUGUGAACGUACUGGAGCUGAUGUGCCCAUGACACCAGGUCGUGACCAUUGGUGGAGUCAAGAAGUUUCUCGUACGCCUACGUACCUCCCACCAGAGGAGAUGCAUUCAGAGGAUCCUCUCUUUCUGCUGUACACCUCGGGCUCGACUGGGAAACCCAAGGGCGUGUUGCAUACAACCGGUGGUUUUCUUUUAGGAGCAGCUGCUACAGUGAAAUAUGUAUUUGAUUAUCAUCCAGGCGAUAUCUUUGCCUGCAUGGCCGACGUAGGCUGGAUCACAGGUCAUACCUAUAUUGUCUAUGGUCCAUUGGCCUUGGGUGCCACCACAGUCUUGUUCGAAUCCAUUCCAACUUAUCCAACCCCAUCCAGAUAUUGGGAACUGAUUGCAAAACACAAAAUCACUCAGUUCUACACUGCUCCUACCGCCAUCCGUGCUUUGCGUCGCUUGGGAGAUGAAUGGGUUGAGGGCCAUGAUCUGUCCAGUUUGCGUGUCCUCGGAUCUGUGGGAGAGCCCAUUAAUCCAGAGGCAUGGCACUGGUACAAUGAUAAGGUUGGUAAAGGUCGAUGUGCUAUCGUGGAUACAUAUUGGCAGACAGAGACCGGAAGCCACAUCGUCACUCCCUUACCGGGCGCUAUCCCCACAAAAGCUGGUUCUGCGACACUUCCCUUCUUCGGGAUUGAAUUAGCGAUCCUCGAUCCUGUGACAGGCAAAGAGUUGACUGGCAACAGCGUUUCGGGUGUAUUGGCAGUGAAACGUCCUUGGCCCUCGAUCGCACGCUCUAUCUAUGGCAAUCAUCAACGCUUUCUGGAGACAUACCUUCGACCCUAUUCUGGAUACUAUUUCACAGGUGAUGGCGCCAGCCGUGAUAAGGAUGGUUAUAUCUGGGUCGGAGGACGUGUCGAUGAUGUGAUCAAUGUCUCAGGACAUCGAUUGUCGACAGCGGAAAUCGAGUCUGCAUUGAUCGUCCACCACGCCGUGGCUGAGACUGCUGUCAUCGGUGCUAACGAUGAAGUCACGGGCCAAUGUAUCCAUGCCUUUGUCUGUCUCAAGCCCGGUCUGGCCUCUGGUCAUUCUCGUGCAUUUGCUAAUGAUCUAACCAAAGAAUUGGCCCUCCAAGUCAGAAAGGUUAUUGGCCCCUUCGCAGCCCCAAAACGUAUCUAUUUGGUCGAGGACUUGCCCAAAACUCGUUCUGGUAAAUUGAUGCGACGAAUCUUGAGAAAGAUCGUCGCGGGCGAAGCAGAUUCCUUGGGUGAUAUCUCUACCCUGGCAGAUCCUAGCGUAGUCGAGGCUUUAAUAGCCAAAGUCAAGAGCGCAGCCGCUCAAUAA